CAAAUUCCUUGUUUCUGCUGCAAAGAUUCCAGCACAGCUGAGAGCUAUUCCUGUCCUGAGCAGUGAGAGCAUCCCCUGGAUACAGGAUAUCCUGUGCCAUUAGUUGCUCACAGUCAUGGGUCAGCGGUUCUCUUCACCGAAGGAUGAGCACCACCAAGAAUUGGCCUCCAGCUUUAACGAAUAUUUUAAGAAGUUUAAGCUAGAAAGCAAAAUCAUUCCUCAAAAAACCUUAGCUUCAAUUGAAUUAAACUUGUCAAAAGGAAACAUUCAGGGGGCAAACUCUUCAAUCACUAAUGCAUUAAAAGAAAUUGAAAGCACCCCACUCGAUGUUGCUGUGACUGGAGAGUCUGGAUCAGGAAAGUCCAGCUUCAUCAAUGCCCUAAGGGGGACUGGGCAUGAAGAGGAAGGUGCAGCUAAAAUAGGUGUGGUGGAAACAACCAUGGAGAGGCAUCCCUACAACCACCCAAAGAUUCCCAAUGUGGUUUUUUGGGACCUGCCUGGGAUUGGAACCACAAAUUUCCCACCCAAAGAUUAUCUGGAGAAAAUGAAAUUCACCGAGUAUGAUUUUUUCAUCAUUGUUUCUGCCACACGCUUUAAGAAAAAUGAUAUAGACCUCGCCAAAGCAAUCAGCAGGAUGAAGAAGGAUUUCUACUUCGUGAGAACCAAGGUGGACUCUGACUUAAAAAAUGAGAAGAAAUUCAAACCACGAACCUUUGACAGAGAAAAGGUCCUGCAGCAGAUCCGCAGCAGCUGUGUGAGGACCUUUCAGGAGAAUAACAUUAAGCAACCACCCAUCUUCUUGAUCUCUAAUAAUACUUUAUGUGACUAUGAUUUCCAAAUCCUGAUGGACAAGGUGGUGAAUACUCUCCCUGAAUACAAACGUCACAAUUUUAUGCUGUCCUUGCCAAGUAUUACACGUGCGGCCAUUGAAAGGAAACGGCAAUUCCUGGAGCAGAGGAUUUGGAUCCAAGGUUUUGCAUUUAGCCUACUCAUUGUGAAUCCUUCACAGACCAUCUUAAUGAACAAAGAUGUGGAGGAUCUUCGGAAAAGCAUAAACCACUAUCGAGCUGUGUUUGGAGUGGAUGAUGCAUCCUUGCAGGGUUUGGCUAAGGACUGGCAAGUGUCGGUGGAUCAGCUCAAGGCAAAAAUGAAAUCUCCUCAUGUGUUUGAAACUACAAAGGAAGAAACAAUACAAGAAAGACUUUCAAGACUUUAUGAGGAGUUCCGUUUGGCUAAGGGGGAUGUAUUUGCUAAGAAUGUUUAUGUUAAAAAAAUGUUUUACCUGAAAUAUUCUUUCCUUGAUAUGGUGACAGAUGAUGCUAAUGUUUUUCUCAGAGAGAUAUGUAUAAAAAAUAACUUGGUGAGACUGGGCUCAUGCCCAGGCGGCAGCAGACCGGCCUCAGGCACAUUCGGGGGCAGACCGGGCUCAGGCACAGGUGGCGGCAGACCGGCGGGGACAUGUGAAGUGGCAGGGACCAGCGGACCGGCAUGGCAGGGGACGACUCGUGGGCUACCGCGGCAGCAGGGACAGCUGGGACCAGCGUGCAACACCCAGAGCAGAUUGCCCCACUACAAUUAAAGCAAAGAGUGCAUUACUUGCUCACAGUCAUGGGUCAGCAGUUCUCUUCAUCUAAGGAUGAGUGCCAACAAGAUUUGGCCUCCAGCUUUAACGAAUAUUUUAAGAAGUUUAACGUAGAAAGCAAAAUUAUUCCUCAAGAAACCUUAGAUUCAAUUGAGUUAAACUUGUCAAAAGGAAACAUUCAGGGGGCAAACUCUUCAAUCACUAAUGCAUUAAAAGAUAUUGAUGGCACCCCACUCAAUGUUGCUGUGACCGGAGAGUCUGGAGCAGGGAAGUCCAGCUUCAUCAAUGUCCUGAAGGGGAUUGGGCAUGAAGAUAUAGAUGCAGCUGAAACUGCUGUAGUAGAAACGACCAUGGAAAGGCAUCCCUAACACACCCCAAGAUUCCCAAUGUGGUUUUUGGGGACCUGCCUAGGAUUGGAACCACAAAUUUCCCACCCAAAGAUUAUCUGAAGAAAAUGAAAUUCAACGAGUAUGAUUUUUUCAUCAUUCUUUCU